UUCAGCUGGAUCUCUUUCCUUCUCCCCGUUGCCAGCAAAUACACUCCACUCCACGCAAAUACCCGGGACCAUUUGCUAGCAGAGACUCUCAGCAACAACGCGAUCACCACCCCACUGAUAAACGUACCGACCUGCGCGCGUGUCCAGUCUCCAGUAGCUCGUCCCAUAACCCGCUGAUGAAUUUCACAUACAUCUGGACCCUCUUGGUCCUCGCACACUCCGUUCUAGCAGUCAACCAUAUCCGAUCGUCUUCGCUUUUAACAUGUAUGGACAACUCCCAAUUCACAGCCUCGCAUUUCGACGUUGUGUUCUACCCCGAUAAUAGAACUGCUUACUUUGAUAUCACCGCCAUUUCCAACAUCGAUGCCAAGGUCAAUGCUAACGUCCAACUCAUUGCGUACGGGCUUAACGUGUUGCAGCGGAAUAUCUCGCUUUGUAGCUUGAAGUAUGGCUCUAUCUGUCCUCUUACCACGGGUCACAUGGACUUGACCUCACACUACGAGUUGGAUAAAUCUGUCACUUCACAGAUCCCGGGCGUGGCUUACACCAUUCCUGACUUGGAUGCAAGAGUCCGUGUCGUGCUAUAUGAUGAAGAAUCCGGAGACAACUUGGCCUGUGUAGAGGCCGUCUUGACUAACGGUAAGACCGUCCAAACCAAAUAUGCCGCCUGGCCCAUUGCAGCCAUUUCCGGGUUAGGUGUCAUCACCUCGGGUGUUGUGUCUGUCAUUGGUCACUCCAACACAGCAGCCCACAUUGCCUCGAAUUCGAUGUCUCUUUUCGUUUACUUCCAAUCCUUGGCUAUUACUUCCAUGAUGGCAGUGGCCAAGGUGCCACCUAUUGCCGCCGCAUGGGCUCAAAACUUCCAAUGGUCUGUCGGGAUCAUUAAAAUUGGAUUUAUUCAAAAUAUUGCCAACUGGUACAUCCAGCUGACGGGCGGAUCUCCAACUGAUAUCUUGGACUCUUCAUAUUUAUCAAUUUCCGUGCAAAAGAAGUCCAAGCGUAGCGAUGCCUUGGAUUUCUUCAAUGGGUUAUACCAAAGUCAAAAACGUGAUAACCAUCUUACUAUCUUUGAAAAGCGUGCAUCCAUCACCUUGGAUUCGGAUAAUUUCGGCUACUCUGAUACCCUCAAUUCUACCCUCUACACUACCAACGAGAAAGAUCUGUUAUUAGCCUCCAAGAUUCUUGUGCUCAGAGGUAUUCAAAGAGUGGCGUACCUUGCUGGUAUUGAACUUACCUCUCUCUUUAUGACAGGUAUUAUCUUUUUGAUCUUCUUUGGUUUCGUUAUGGUUGUCUUCCUCAUGCUCUUCAAGGCAGCCAUUGAAAUUGCUAUCCGUUCAAAGAUUAUGAAUGAAGGUAAAUUCAAUGAAUAUAGACAACAAUGGUCUCAAAUCAUCAAGGGUGCCUUGUACAGACUUCUUCUCAUCUCGUUUCCACAAGUUGGUGUUUUAUGCUUUUGGGAAUUUGUCGAGAGAGACUCUGUUGGAACCAUCAUUAUUGCAGUAUUCCUCUUGGUUAUCAGUAUUGUACUUCUUUUCCAGGCAGCAAUUAGAGUAUUUUUCAUGGGUCGUAAAUCUGUACAACAAUUUAAAAAUCCUGCCUAUCUUUUGUUUGGUGAUGGAUCAUUUUUGAACAGAUUUGGUUUUGUUUAUGUCCAAUAUCGUGCCGAUUGCUACUAUUUCGUGUUGGUGGGUCUUAUAUAUACUUUCUUGAAAUCCUUGUUUGUGGCCGUCCUUCAACAACAUGGUAGAGCUCAAGCAGUUAUUGUGUUUGUCAUCGAGUUGGUAUACAUGGUGACCCUUUGUGUUGUCAGACCAUAUAUGGACAAACGUACCAAUGCUUUCAACAUCACUAUUGGUGUAAUCAGUACCAUCAAUGCUCUCUUCUUCAUGUUUUUCUCAUACGUUUUCAAGCAACCUCACGUUGUUGCAUCGGUUAUGGCGGUGGUUUACUUUGUCUUGAACGCUGUCUUUGCCUUGUUUUUGCUCAUUUUCACCAUUGUCACAUGUGUUUUGGCCCUUCUUUACAAAAACCCAGAUACUAGAUAUCAACCUAUGAAGGACGACCGUGUGUCAUUUUUGCCUCGUUUUGACAACCCCAAGGGUGGUCAAGCUGGAACUAAGGCUGUUGACAAUAGUGAAGAUAUGGAAUUGAUGGCCUUGGGUGCUACUGCCAGAAGAGGUCAUGAAAACUUUGGUAAAAAUUACGAAGAUGACUCUGUAUACGAAGACGAUUCUGUAUUCCGUAACCAUGCUGAAAGGUAUGAAUCCAACUCUUCUUCAUAUCCUAACGAAGAUAACAGACGCGAUUCUUAUUACGAAAACAUGACUCCCACGGAACCCUCUUCUACCAUUGUUGGAAACCCAGCAAAUGCAAUGAAUGCAUACAGGGACCGUCAGUACAAAAAUGCCCCUAGAAAUAAAGUUCUAUUCGAGCAAAACCGUUAAAGCAGACUUUAUAUAUCCAGCUUUAUUCAAAUUUUAU